AGUUCUCUUUUGAGGAUGCUCUGUGGUUUACUUCUCUGUCUACAAGUCAGAUAUAACUCAACAGAAGGACUGUGAUGGCAGAGGAGCAGGUCAGCUAUGCUUCAGUUAUAUUGAAAACUAACAAGCAUUCCCCACCUGAAGCUAAAAUGGAGGACAAUGAAAUGAAUGUGCGAAGCAAAACAACCAAAAAGACUGCUGACACUAACGAUAAAAAGGAGGAUAGUGUGUACGAAGAAAUGAAGACUGCUGACACAAACACAGGACUCUCUCCAGACAAGAAAACAAACAGCAGAGGUCGCUGCUAUCAGCAGGUGGCUUGUUGUUUGGGGAUUCUUUGUGUCAUUUUGCUGUUGGGCAUCAUAGCAGUCUGUAUCUACGAUUACAAGAAGAUCACAGAUCUGACGGCAGAAAACCAGAACCUGACCUCACAAAACAAGAAGCUGGAGACACAGAGGAACAACUUAACGGAACAAAUACAAAACAUGGAGAAAAAGUUGAAUGAGUUCAACGUCAGUCAAGCUCAGUGGAGAAUUGAUGAAUACUGCUCAAAAACAAACCACAACAGUAGGUGUUACGCUUGUCUGGGUGGCUGGAUACUCUUCCAGUCCAGCUGCUAUGCAAUUAAUGACCCUGAUGUUUCUGGUCAGAAAACCUGGGAAGAAGCUCGAGAAAACUGCAGAGGAAAGAUUUCAGAUUUGGUUGUUAUAGAUGAUGAAACGGAGAAGACAUUCAUCAAAGCUAACAGCUGGGACAGUUCAGGAACCACUGGAUACUGGAUUGGUCUGAGAGCUGAAGAUGGGAAAUGGAAGUGGCUCAAUGGAAGUGUUCUGACUGAAAACUCCUGGAUACAACAACCUGCUACCAACGGUCAGUGUGUAAUUUCUUUCCAGACAGAAGGAUGGAAAUCAGUGAGCUGUGGUGCCAGAAACAAAUGGAUCUGCAAAAAGAAGGCUUUAUCUCUUUAAACACUGCAGUCAUACUUGAUAACAUUGAAUGUGCUUUUCUUCUGCUUUGUUAGAGAUGCAGUGUUUAUGAUUUGUGUAUCAUCAGAUUCAUUUAAGGGACCAACAAGACUGCUCAGUUUCCUGUAUGUGACAUUUUACAUUGUUACUGAUUGGCCAAGAGAAUGUUUGAUUACUGUAAGUGUAUACAAGUGAUGGUUAAGUUUUAUCUGUUUAUCUGACCUGUUUCUAAGCAGUUUGGGAUAAAUAAUCAAUAUCAUAUUUUAAUAUUUUGUGAUAAGUUAUCAAUACUCUGGCAUCAUUUUCUGUUCUGUUACUGUUCAGUUCAACUUUAUUGUCAGAUUUGGGGUUCAUUAGAAAAAUACAACAUUAUAGACACACAACACCUCCUAAAAUACAAAAACACAUUUAAAAAUUUUAUAUGACCUUAUACUAAUGCUUCCACAGACGUGACUGGUUUCGUACAACCCUAUUACUAGGAUUUGUCUGCAGCUUAAUAAUGCUGAUGAGAACCAUCCAGUCGAUGCAGUGGGGCAGUAUAGAGAGGAGUGUGAUAUGCUUUAAAGAACCUAAUCUUAACAUGGUCUGAACACAUAAAAUUUUCUUGCCAACCUGAUGCACAGGUACUUUAUAUCUUUCUUGUAGGUCAAACUUUGGCCUCUUUAUGGUAGUUUGACUUUAAAGUGAUGCUGCAGGCUGUUCAUGACGUAGAGAAUAAAUGCAACACAUCACUGAUUCCUCCUUUGUAUAAAAUAGCUUUAACAUUAACAUUUAACAUUAGAUUACAUUUUUCUUCUGACAGAGCCAGGCAAAGGGUUUCCACAACGUCAUCUGGAUAACACUGGCACAAUUACAGUAAUGUUGAUCAAUGAGUGUUAAAUAAAUGAAAUGUCUGUCUUAAUGCUAAGCUAGGCUAAAUGUAUCCCAUCUCCAGCUCUAUAAAUGUUCAGUGUGGAAUAUUUCUGUGGAUUUAUUGACAGAAAUGCAAUAUAAGAUCCAUAACUAUGUUUUCAGUGGUGUAUAAAGACCUUA